CAGCAAUCAAGCACCACCAACAUCACCACUAAACUGGAGAACCCUCCAACAACUCCCGACUAGGCACGACGAAAAAGUGUCCCGAGGCUAUGGGCAUACGGAAAAAAUGUCAUUCGCCGUGAGGAGGCCCGUUGCCAACCCGCCGUCCUCCGGGGUUGGCGGGCAUGGGCAUCCGCCGCCUCAGCCGACCACGGCGCCUGUGCUGGACUUCAUAUGCCUCUUCACGCACGACCUGCGGCGCAAGCAGAAGCGCUGGCAGGACGGCCGCCUCAAGUACCACACGUUCAACCGCCGCGUCAUGGUGUACGACGAACGCGGCAACUUCAUCGGCGACGCGCACUGGCCCACCGGCGCGGGCGACCUCGACGAGGGCGAGGAGCUGGAGCUGGAUCGCGGCGCGGCCAUCGUGCAGGUCGCCGAGUGCGCGGGCGUGCGCGAGCAGGACCUGAGCGAGGUGCUGGACCGGCGUGUGAGGGACGUGGAGCGGCGCAGGGCGGAGCGAGAGGCGAGGACGCCAGGGCGGACGACGCCGCGCGGGGACACGACAACCGGUCCAGUGGUAGCGGCGGCGGCGGCGAGGGUCGCGACGGAGAGGCAGCAGCCGCAAACGCACUUUCAACUCAAUCACCGGCCUCUUAGUGCCAUCGUCCCGAGCCCCGGCCCGCUUGGCCGCGCGACCGUACCCCUACAGUCUCCGUUUGAAGUGCGGCGGCGAGCUGAGGGGGAGAACGUGGCGGAGCGACCAGAAGCAGAUGCACAGCGUGGAGCGAAAAGGCAAAGGCUCGGGAUGCCUACGCCGCCGAGCAAGGCUGGGUACGCGCAGAGCCUUUUUGGCACGAGGCUGACGCUCUCGGCCUGCCCGUCAUCGUCCGCAGAGGCGCUAGCGCGGGUCAGGGCUCUGAAGGAGCGGACGAAUCUACAGGGACGGAGCCAGGACCUGCAGGAUAAGGACCAGAGGAGCGUACGGGACGUGUCGGGCGACCCGGUUGGUGAUGUCGUCAUGCUUGAACAGUCGGCACGAGAUACGCUGGGCAAAUCUCCGCACUUUACGGCACCCGCGACCCGGAGUGUGCCCCAACACAGAGAGGCAGCCGUCGCGGUCGGGACCUUGGCACAAACAUGCCGACAACCUCGUCAGGCGAUCGCUUUACAUGAGCCACAGAACGUCCAAGCUAACGCGACAACAUCGAAGCCAAGACAAGCCUUGAGCAACAUUAGCGAGCGGCAACAUCCGGUACGUAACACCAGGAUAUCAUCAACGCCAGUCGACCUCACAGGUGACGACGAAGACUUGGAUAUUGACACGCCUGUCCCGCGAGAGCCGGUGCGCUCUAAAGUCACGUCUCUGCCAGCCAGAAAGGGGAAAGAAGAGAAUUCGAAGCAAAACAACCCACAAAACCCACGCAAACGACAAGGCAAACCCAGCGGUAGCUCAUCGCCCGACAAACAGAACGAUGCGGUGUCGCGCCCGCCGGACCCGCGCGCGCCACCCAAGGAAAAAGGGCCACGUGCGGAGCUUCGGAUCCGGUCGAGGCAACGAAGAGGCCUGCUCAUGGUCGCAGAAAGGAAACAGCAAGCGGACAGGUCACGUUCGUCCAAGACUCCAGACUCUAGCGGUGUCAGCGCCAAGGCCGGGCCACUGGACCGCACAGCUAAGCCAGCUGAGCCACCUCGAGGCAAACGACAACCGGCUGAAGUCACACCAGAACCUGAAAGGAUUGAUAUGGUAUCCGAGGACGAAGCUGCGGCACCAGGCGCGGGCCCUGACAGCGCAACUGAUGUAGAACACUCGGAAGAUGGUGGUCUUGGACCGGUCUUUGCUGAGUCGAGCAGCGAGAGCGACGCGCCAGCUAUGAGGCGCAGAAAGCAACAGAAGAAGGGUAAGGCAAGCAAACUAGACGACGAAGCGUCGUCCGUCGAAGGGGACGGGGCAUCCAUCCACGGCAGUCAGGGAGAGGACACCUGCGCAGGGUCUUCACACCGAUCGAAUAUUGCGUCACCGCGACCUACGCGACAAACUCGGCGCCGCAAAAUUCCAUCACCAGACCCGUUCGAUGACGAUUCCGACGACGAUCCGUCGCCGCCGCGGACUAAAAGGCGCAAAGAAACCCGCACACAGGGGAAAACUGCCGCAACUUCAGACGAUAAACCCGCCCCGUCGGGCCCUCGGAUUGCCAAGAUGGCUAGAAGGAGCCUCAAGAGCAGAGAGAUUAUAGGGUUUGUGGUGAGCGACAAUGCAGUCCCUUUGACCUUUGCGGCCGCUACAGGGAGGAUUGAUUUGGGAAGCUCGGCCGCCGUGCCACCAACAUGUGGCGUUGCGGCGCACAGUGCCGUGAGCAGCGCAGAUGUCGAUGCUACGAGCACAGCCGCCGUAUCAGCACCGACUAAGUCUACAAUGCAUCCACACGCAGCAUCUGACGAUUCAACAACCGAACCUACGCCGCUGACGGACAGGGAUAGAGGGCUGGCACCCUCAACCAACCAGCGUUCUGAUAUCGCGGAAAACGCCCGGGACGUUGAGCAGCCGGCAUACGCAAGGGCGGGCGACCCAACCAGCCCGCCAGUACAGGCCCAGGGCCAACUCGAGGAGGCCGGGGACCUGGCCGGGUCCAGGAAUGCGCCGCAGGCCGCCGCCGGGUCUGCGAAAAUUGCAGCCGCGGGCCAGACGAAUCCGUCCGUUGAACAAUCAAACAACUCUGUUGCAACCGCCGCCCCAAAACCGCGAAUUCUCAAUCCGGCCACGCGCGGUAAGAAGGCGGCCCGGAGGGAAGACGCGGCCGGGCACGCCCCGCAGAGCCUCGUGCCCCUCGAGCCGCCCGCGGCCAUCUCGGUGCGGCCGCGUGCAAUCAGGGCGGCGGUCGUCGACGCGGGGUCCGAGACGAGGAAGGGCGCCGACAUGCCGGGGUUCAGCAAGGCCAACGGCGGGGCCUGGAGCAAGCAUGCAGAAGACUUGCUGGGAAUGGCGAGGCCGACGGGGAGGCGGUGA